UGGUGUGCAUCGAGGAAUGCUGCUGUAAAUUUCGUUGUGCGUGCACAAUGACAAUAAAAUGCUUAUGCUUAAAAUUCUCCACUGGCUUCCCUCAGAGCCACUUUGAGCAGAGGCAACAUCUAAAUAUUGCCAUUGCAUAACUAGAGCAGUGUUCUGCCCCUGAAGGUCUGUUCGUGUGGCUCAUGCAAUCGAGCCAGUCUCGGUUAGAUGGACGCUUCCAAUGAAGCAUGUCAAGCCGGCCCCCGUCUUCCUUUGUGUCUUCCUUUGCAGAGCUGGUGGAUCCUGUGCCAGAUGUCCAGCAGGCUGGGAGAAGGGGCUGGCACGUUCUCCGGCCUCCUGCUAUGCGCUGUGUGCCUGAGAUGCGCCAUGCAGACCUACCAGAUCCACCGGGGGGCUGGGCUGGGAUUCUUCCUCCAAGCGCUGGUGCCACUCCUGGAAACAGCUGCUCCCUUCACUGCGCUCCUCGGGCUCGACAGGGUUUUGAGGUCCCCGGAUGGCACCUGGGCCACCACCCUAGUUGGCCUCUCGCUGCUGGCCUUCGCGUUCCACUGGCUGAACGGUGACCACUCCACAGCCAACGUCCUCUUGGGAGGGGUGCUGCUGCUGACGGCCGGCUCCGACUACUUGACGGAAGAAAGCAAGGCCGUGGCGACGCAUUCUGUCUCGAUACUGGCCUCCGUCACCAUCCUAAUCGUUUCAAUCUUCACCGGAAAUGCCUAUGGGAUCGCAGGUAGCCUUCUGGCCGGCACGGCUAGUUUGCUGGCGGGGACCCAACUGCAGCAGCUGCUGAUGCUGCGGAAGAGGGACGUCCUUCGUUGUCUCAUGGCGGCAGCCAACCUGACUUGGCAGCGGGCUCUGCAAACGCAGCACCGAGAACUGGAGCGGGGGUCUGCGGAACUACUGGCCGAGACAUCUGACUGAGACUGGCGCCCGCACUUCAAAAGUUGCCCUGUGCCCUUCAAGCAGUCGGCCUCCUUUGCAAAGUUUCCAGAGUGCUGUCACACAUCCUUGACGUUGCAUUUGGCCUCUUCUGUGAUGCCACAGGGCAUGCUGGGAUAUUGCGUUGGCAUUUCAGCACACCGGGGGUCUUGCGAAGCUGUCCCGCGCCUCCUGUUUAAGAGGUGGGGUCUUGCCAGUUGUACUGCGGAAGUUCUGCCAGCAACAGUAAAUUCUGUUGAGGUUUUUUUUGUUCCAGCAACCAGGAGGUUGGGCCAAAUACUGGUCCUUUUGGAACGGGGUCUCUUAAAUCGGCGAGGACACACUUUAAUACGCCCCGAGAAGCAGGUGGAUCCAGAAAGAGGUCCUCGGGUUUUUUGACAGGACAGAGGAAAUGGAAGCUCUGAGUAUCGCCGUAGCAUGAGGAGAGGAUGGGCUGCCACUUAAUCUCCCAGAUUCUGUGGGCAGUAGGCGUGGCAUGCCUGCAGGUCUCUGGCCGGCUUUCAGAAGGCAGGAAUAUGUGCCGGCCGCCCUCCCGAGCUUCAUGGCACGAGGCAUGCAGGUGGCUGAUCCAUUAUGCGGACUCUAGUGGGACCUGCCUCUUUCCCCUUCACUUCUCUGUGGGGGCAUCAAAAACCGUUUGCAGCAAAGGAUUCUGGACCUCUGGAUGCACCUGGCCAGUUGGGUGUGGCCUCUUCCCUCCAGGUUGGAUCAGACACUGGGCUUCCAUGUUAAUAUCAAAAUAAACUGGGUACGGUCCCACAGGAGGUUUCUCUGGGAGAUACUCAAGAGUCCUUUCUCUGCUGGGGCUUGGGGGCCUUCCGAAGCCUUCAAAAUGGGGAGACCAGAAGAAUUGAUUCCUGUUGAAAGUGGGAGGGAAGAGCUCAGGCAGCAGAGGCUGUGGCUGUGAUUGCCUUUCCUGGGGUCCAACUGAGUCCAUAAGAACAUAAAAACUAGCCUGCUGGAUCAGACCAGAGUCCAUCUAGUCCAGCUCUGUGCUACUCGCAGUGGCCCACCAGGUGCCUUUGGGAGCUCACAGG